AUGUUGCUAUUGAACAAGAAAUACCUUUCUUAUGAGGGCUGCAGCAGAAGAUCACAAAGAAAAACACCAAAGAUGAAAAAGUAUAUAUACGCGGUGUUUGAGCCAACCUUUUCUAUUAGCCGGGGUCUAACUCCUAUAGCUUUCUCUUACUACUGCAGCAGCAGCCCCCCCGUGUCACUGCAGCAGCAGAACAUAGGAGAGCUGGACGAGCAGCAGCUCUACGCUAGCUGCGUAUACACCUCAACUCAGGGCAUGCAGUGGGCUGAGCAACGGGGCUGCAUGAACAAGCUGCUGCAGGUGUUGCUGCAGCAGCAGGCGGUGCAGCAGGCACAGCAGCAAGUGCUGCAGCAGCUCCUCCCCAGGAAGACCCAGCAGCAGCAGCAGCAGCAGGAUCAGCAGCAGCAGGAUCAGGAGCAGCAGGAACAGCAGCAGCAGCAGCAGCAGCAAGGGGGGGGGGAGAUGCAGCACAACAAAAAGAAAUAA